GGCCAUGCUUGGCCUGGCCAGAAACAUGACCCCACCGUGAACCUCCAAUAGCGACUGAGUUGCGGAAGGCGUGCGUUCAUCUAACCUCCAUGGUGAUAACGUUGCAAGGCACAUUCGGGCGAAUUCGACACUGGCAGCGUGGUGACCCCGCACGGGGGCGGCGGAUUUCACAGGGUGCGUGCUCGUGUUCGUUGUAGAUGUUCUGUUUGCUGUAGUUCUUCGAGGCGCUACAUCUCAGCGUGUUGCUGAGGCCGUCAUGCAAUGCAUGGACACGGUUGUCCUGAUCACCGACCGUUUUACGAGUGGUGAUCUUGGCGUUGAUACCAGUAUUAAAAGCCUCCAGGGUGGCAUUGCUAUGGCUCGUUUCUGGGAUGGCGAGGCAGAGAAAGAAGACCUGGUCUGGAGUACGAUGUGGACAGAGCCUUACAAUUCAGACCUCAUCCAUGCUCUCCUUGACCAGUUCGAUGCUGCGUAUUUAGCUGCAUAUGCCAUACAGGCGUGUGCUGCUCGUACUGGCACUGCAGCGAUCGCGACUUCAUUGUUGGUGGAGUUGGGUGUCGGGCACACUGCUCUUUUGUGUGCUCGAGCUACGCGGAUAGCCCUUAUUGAGGAUCCGCGUGCUGGAAGGCCAGAUUUCUCAAGCUACUACGACAUGUUUGGGGCUGAGGCACCUUUCAGCAGGGCGAUGUCGAUUAAUCUUGAAGCGUGCGCCCAGCCACUGCAGCCCAGGCGAAGGCAGUCCACGCUCGGCAACAUCGAGGUGCUUCUGGCAGCGGUCGAACAAGAGCGGCUCGACAACAGUGUAACCAGCGAUCCGCGCGAGCAGCGGCGGAGAGACUCGGUGAUAGUGGUUCCAGCGCUGACGGCGGAUGGCCUGCCCGAGCAGCCAGACAGCUGUUCACUCGCUCAGGGUGCAGCGCGGAUGGCGUUGAGAGCAGGCGUCUGUGCCCUGCACCUGGCCCUGGAACGGAUCGAGGUGCUGCUCCACGAGCACGGCCGCUGGAAUGCACAUGGUUAGGCAGAGGCCAUGCCGAUGCUGCUCUGCGAGGCGCCCUCAGGGCGGGUGCAGUCCCAGGGUUCAGCCCCCGUGAGCCAUGGCCGAGGCAACAUAUCGAGCAUUCGUUGCGAGGACUCAAAGUCAGGCCAUCACCUCCAGACGCUUGCAUUGGCACUACCCGUCGGGGCCGCUGCUGGUUUGUUCAUUAUACGAGGCGCGUGUUGUGGAUUUCGAUGUACACUGAUCGCCACCCCGCCUUGCAAACACACAAUGAAGG